UUUUUAAUGUGGGUUCUGAAAUAAAAAUGUGGUUGUGAGUUGACUGAAGGCGGAGCUGCUGGUGCCAAACCGUGUUCCCUUGGCUACGACAAGCUUUCACACAGGUUAUUUGCGUUGCUAGCCAGCCGGUGUCGACACAGCUCCACUUUACUAUCUGUGAAACUGACAACUGAUCUCAGACCAGCUGCAGGGGCAAAGAAAAGGAUAGUAACAGUGCCAGGACGACGCUGUGGAGGAGCAGGUUCACCCGUGACUUCUUUUGUUGACUGAACGCCCACAUAAAACUCACUCCUGUGGGGUUUUUGUCUUUGUUAUUUUGUUGUGGCGAGGAGGCGCUAACAUGCGGCGGGCUGUCGGCCGUAGCCGUGCCCGGAGAGGAGGCUGCUUCUAGGGAUGGCGCUGCUCUGAAGAACCGGAGGACUUGCCUGUGGUGUGUAGAAGGAAGCGCCGCGACAACAUGACUGUUUUCAACCAGGAAAAUGUUGAGGAAAUCUAUGAAAUUGGAGACGAGCUGGGGAGUGGCCAAUUUGCAGUGGUUAGAAGAUGUCGGAACAGGAGCACCUGUGUGGAGUACGCUGCCAAAUUCAUCAAGAAACGGCGCAACAAAUCGAGUCGGCGGGGUGUGACAAGGGAGGACAUCGAGCGUGAAGUGAGCAUCCUGAAGGAGAUCCAGCACCCCAACAUCAUCACACUGCACGAGGUCUACGAAAACAAGACCGACGUCAUCCUGAUACUGGAGCUUGUGGCUGGUGGUGAGCUCUUUGAUUUCUUGGCAGAGAAGGAGUCGCUGAGCGAAGAGGAGGCCACUCAGUUCCUGAAACAGAUUCUGGAAGGAGUCUUCUACCUUCACUCCAAACAAAUUGCUCACUUUGACCUUAAGCCGGAGAACAUCAUGCUGCUGAACCGCACAGUGCCUCACCCGCGUAUCAAGCUCAUUGACUUUGGCCUGGCCCACAAGAUUGAUUUUGGCAAUGAUUUCAAAAACAUUUUUGGCACUCCAGAAUUUGUAGCUCCGGAGGUUGUCAACUAUGAGCCUUUGGGCUUGGAGGCAGACAUGUGGAGUGUUGGUGUGAUCACCUACAUACUUCUGAGCGGGGCCUCACCCUUCUUGGGUGACAACAAGCAAGAGACACUGGCCAAUGUUUCUGCUGUGGACUACACGUUUGAUGAGGAUUUCUUCAGGAACACCAGCGCCCUGGCCAAAGAUUUCAUAGCAAGGCUACUUGUUAAAGAUCCCAAAAAGAGAAUGACUAUUCAAGACAGCCUCCAGCACCCAUGGAUCAAGCCAAAAGACACUCAACAAGCACUGAGCCGAAAGGAGUCAGCCGUCAACAUGGAAAAGUUCAAGAAGUUUGCAGCUCGAAGAAAAUGGAAACAAUCUGUCCGACUGAUUUCUUUAUGCAACCGCCUCUCCCGCUCCUUUCUGUCCAGAAGUAACAUCAGCGUAGCACGCAGUGAUGACACAUUGGAUGAGGAAGACUCCUUUGUGAUGAAAGCCAUCAUCCAUGCCAUAAACGAUGACAAUGUUCCCGGUCUGCAGCAUCUUCUUGGCUCCUUGACCAGUUACGACGUUAACCAGCCCAACAAGCAUGGGACUCCUCCCCUCCUGAUAGCUGCUGGAGGAGGCAACAUUCAGAUCAUCGAGGUGCUGAUGAAAAAAGGUGCAGAGAUUCAGGCCCACGACAAGAGUGGUGCCAAUGCUAUCUACUAUGCAGCAAGACACGGUCAUGUGGAGACCCUUAAGUUCCUUCAUGAAAAGAAAUGCCGUUUGGAUGUGCAAGAUAAGUCUGGCGAGACUGCGCUUCAUGUGGCAGCUCGCUACGGCAACGUGGAUGUUGUGACCUACCUCUGCAGCACCCGGGCCAACCCAGACCUGGCUGACAGGGAGCAGGAGACCCCACUGCACUGCGCAGCAUGGCACGGCUACUCAGCAGUGGCCCGUGCUCUGUGCCAGGCGGGCUGCCAGGUGGACGCUCGGAACCGUGAGGGGGAGAGUCCGCUGCUGACGGCUUCUGCUCGUGGCUUCGUAGACAUUAUGGAGUGUCUGGUGGAGCAUAAAGCUGACCUGGAAGCUACAGAUAAGGACGGUCACACAGCCCUCCACCUGGCAGUACGGAGGUGUCAGGUGGAAGUCGUUCGCUGCCUCCUCAAGCACCACUGCCACGUGGAUCAUCAGGAUCGGCAUGGCAACACACCGCUGCACAUUGCCUGUAAGGACGGCAACUUACCCAUUGUUACAGCAAUCUGCAGUGCCAAAGCCAACCUAGACCUCCCCAAUAAGAACGGGAGGACGCCACUCCACCUGGCAGCAAGCAACGGCAGUCUCGAGGUUGUUCGCCAUCUCUGCUUAAGUGGAGCCAACAUCGACCUCAUCACCAAUGAUGGAAAGACGGCAGACGAGUUGGCUUCACAUGAUCGUCAUGAACACAUAGUUGCAUUGCUGGGAAAGCUUAAAAAGGACAACCACAAACUGAGCUACAUCCAGCAGCUGCGGCCCACACAGACUGUCCAGCCCCGGAUCAAGCUGAAGCUGUUCGGACACUCCGGGGCCGGGAAGAGCACCCUGCUGGAGUCUCUGAAAUGUGGCAUCCUACGCAGCUUUUUUAGGAGGAAGAGGCCACGCAUGACCAACACGACUCGCCACCCCAACUCCCCCGUUAACUCCAAACCUGCUGUGUCCGUGAGCAUUUCCAACCUGUACCCCGGCUGUGAGAAUGUGAGCGUUCGGAGUCGCAGCAUGAUGUUUGAGCCCAGCCUGACCAAAGGUGUCCUGGAGGUCUUCUCCCCUGUCCAUGGCACCCUGUCCACAGCUGACGAACAGGCCACAAAGGCUAUAGACAUCCAGCACGCCAACAUUCACAGUGUGGGUGAAUUCAGCACGUGGGAGUUUUCGGGGAACCCCGUCUAUUACUGCUCCUACGACUACUUUGCGGCUAAUGACGUCACGGCAAUUCACCUGGUCCUGUUCAGCCUGGAGGAGCCAUAUGAGACCCAGCUGGGUCACAUCACCUACUGGCUGAACCUGCUGAAAGCCCUCACGCUACCCCAGGACUACAUUGCUUUCGGAGGUCGGAUCCAGCAGCCGCUCACUGUGGUCCUGGUGGCCACACACGCUGACCUGGCUGACGUCCCCAGAGCUUUUUCUGGAGAGUUCAGCUACGACAAGGAGAAAGUAUUACUCAAAGAAGUCAAGAGCAGGUUUGGAAAUGACCUGCAGAUCAGUGAUAAGCUGUUUGUUGUGGACGCGGGAGCAUCAAAUGCCAAAGACAUAAAGCUGCUGAGGAGUCACCUUCAGGAACUCCGCACCAGCAUCAUUUCUAGGUGCAGCCCUGUCACGCUGCUGUUGGAGCGUUUGUUGGCCACUUUGCCCGCUUGGAGGAAGCUGAGCGGACCCAACCAACUGACGUCGUGGCAGCAGUUUGUCAGCGAUGUCCAGGAGCACAUCAACCCGCUGGUUAGCCAGGAUCACCUGCGGACUCUGGCCCUGCAGCUGCACAGCAUGGGGGAGAUCAACAUCAUGCAGAGUGAGACGGUGCAGGAUGUAGUGUUGCUGGAACCACGCUGGCUGUGCAGCAACAUCCUCGCCAAGCUGCUCUCUGUGGAGACGCCCAAAGCCAUCCACCACUACAGGGGGCGCUACAGGCUGGAGGAAGUGCAGGCUCUCGCACCAGAGAGCGAUGUAGAUGAGCUGCUGCAGAUCUUGGAUGCCAUGGACGUCUGUGCCCGUGACGUUACCAACCCCUCCAUGGUGGAUGUGCCUGCCCUCAUCAAGACAAACAGCCUCCAUCGCUCCUGGACCGAAGAGGAGGAGGAGUCGCUGAUCUACGGGGGAGUACGACUCGUCCCUGCUGAGCACCUUACCCCGUUCCCCUGUGGCCUCUUCCACAAACUGCAGGUUAAUCUGUGUCGCUGGAGCCACCAACAGAAGCCAGAGGACGAGAACGGGGAUGAUAUGGAUGGAGAUAUCUACUUGUGGACAAAUGGUGCCAAGGUCAGUCAGGCAGGAGUAGAGGCCAUAAUCCUGUUGGUCAACCAUGGACAGGGAGUGGAGAUUCAGGUACGUGGGCAUGAGUCAGAACGAGCCAAGUGCUACACUCUGUUGGACACCAUCUGUACGAUAACUGAGAACCUCCUGAGCUCCACGCUCCCUGGACUGCUCACAGCCAAAUACUAUCUGAGUCCACAGCAGCUGCGAGAACAUCACGCCCCGGUCAUGAUCUAUCAACCCAAAGAUUUCUUCCGGGCUCAAAUCCAGCAGGAAUCGUCGCUCACCAACACCAUGGGCGGCUACAGGGAGAGCUUCAGCAGCAUCCUGGCCUUCGGCUGUGCUGAAGUUUACCAGCACGGAAUUUUGGGGACGGACAUCCACAUUUCAGAGGUUCCCCUGCUGGCUCGCAGGAAGCUCUGCCGCAUGCUGGACCCUCCUGAUGCUCUGGGGAAGGACUGGUGCCUGCUGGCCACGAACCUGGGACUCACAGACUUGGUGGCUAAACACAGCUCUGGGACUCCUAAUGGCACCACAGAGCUGGACUCAGGCCCAGACUCCCAGCAGCCCAGGCUGCAGCCCAGUCCUAUGGCCGCCCUGCUGCAGGACUGGAGUGGGCAGACGGGCAGCACGGUGGGCGUGCUAAUAGCUAAACUGAGAGAGCUCGGCCGCCGAGAUGCUGCCGACUUCCUGCUCAAAACGUCCCCCAUUUUCCGGGUCAACAUGGAAGCACUGGGUGGGGCCGCCACCGGCUACGCCCCAACCUGCAACGGAGGCACAUCGUACUACUCCAUCAGCUCCGUCAUAUCCCGCUGAAACACGGUUGGAAUAAUUUUUCUCUCCAUGAAGAGACAGACCAGUGUGACAUUUCCACAAACGAUCACAGUGCUCUGUGUGAAUCAACAAGUGCAGUCCCUCCCUCUCAUCACCACAGCCGAACCUUUGUUCCACCAUGAAUGCUCUGAGCGCCAAAGAGGAAUUCUGUGCUCUACCGACAAUUUUUAUCCUGUUUUUAAAACGUUUCGCUGCUUUUUAACACUCCGUGUGCGCUGCUGCAGACACCCUCAACUCCUGUUACAGACCACACCCAUCACAUAACCAAAAGUUAUAACCGGCUCAGCCUGUUGGAAUGGGUGCAGUUGUAAAAGAUGGCAGCCUCGUGCUUGGAAGAUUUUUUUUUUUUAAUCUAUCCUCUGGAUUUAGAGAAAAAAAAAGAGGAGUUUUACAGUCUAAGAUGCUGCCGUCGUUAAUCGCUUCAUCCAUCACAGGUCCACUUAAUGAGGUCACGCGCUCUACUCGUCUUUCACAUGUGCGACUUUUGACAGUUUAGUAUUUAUUAAGCCAACAGAUUUUUUAUUUGUUUGUUUUUUCAGAGUGCCUUUGUGGCCUUCUACCUCCCUGAAGAGCACAUUAGACAUGUUAUAUAAAAUCCAGUCGUUCUUUCCAAAUCUUUGAAGAAAGAAUUGUGCCUUGCUGAGACUUAAUCGUAAAAAUUAAUUGCAAUCAGUGCUCGUGUGCAGUGCAGGUUGGUCGUCUGGUGGUGACACUCACACGGAAGACUAGUUUAGCUUUUUAAUCAGGAAAGGAAACGGUUAUAUAAAUAUAAAGUUAUAAAGGGUUAAAUAACGAAUAGUUGUUACAAUUUUGGAAAAACUGGAUUUUACUAGCACAACAAAAACCGAUGUGUUGUAUUGUGUGUUUUUCGAUGUCGGUGUGAGAAAUGAGAUGUGUAAUGUUGGUGUUAUUUGUUUUACCCCAGUCACAGGGGAGCCUGGAUAUAUGAGAGAAGAGUGAUGCAUUGUGAGAAUUGUAGGCUCAUACAAAAGGGAGUAGACUGUAUUCACAUUCAGUCAAUGGAUUAUUUGUAUUUUUAUACAGUUCAUUGCCCUGGAGUGUUAUUCUUCAUUUAUCCAAUAUCAUAGUUUAUUUAUACAAAGGGACCACAAGAUAAGACCAACCAAAAAUGAUUCUUCACUGAGAUAAAAUGUGUCUUACUGCUGAUUUUCGGCACAACAGAUUUAUUUGGAUCAUCAUUAGAGUGUUGAGGCGACAGAGUCUAAGAGACUAGAACAUGCCCCAGAAUGAGAACAGGUUUAAGGCACACACGUUUGAGGUUUGCUAAUAACCUGUUAAGCGUCAUCGGUUAUGGUAAAAGUUUACGGCGGCUCGUUUUAUGCUUGCUGAGCAGUUUUGUUUUGAUUUUCUGCGUUCGUAGCAGAUCAGAUUUCUUUUCUUAGUGUCAGAUUUUGGAGCGACGUUUAUGCCAAUGAUGAAUUUGAGCCGUCUGUUGGCGUCGGUCACCCGCACACGUCUCCUUCUUUCAGUUUGUUGGCUAACGACGCUAACAUGAAGCUGCUCAGCAGAAGCAGGGUACAGGGUAAGACUGGCAAGAACUCUGUGUUAGUUUAAAAAAAGGAGGCCCCAAAAAACAAAUAAACAGCACGCUUCAUUUGACCCCCACCACCACAUUGUCACUUGAUGUAUAACUGACUGCUUGCUAACACGCUACUCAGAAAAAUGCUUCUUCUUACAGGGUAUUGUAAAAGUUUAAAAGGCUUUAUCAUGACAGAGUGUGGGAACGACUGCAGUAUUUUUCUGUCUGUUCAGCAUCCACAGUGUUAACAGAUAAACCUUUGCAACAAUAUUUCAAAUGCUUUAUUUAGCCUGAAUUUGCUGAUCAAUUCUUGUAACUUUGGUGUAAGUAGCGGAGUUCUGUGUGUGUCAGUUCAGCCUCGUUACCUCCACACGCUCACCAGUUCGUUUGCUUUCAGCUCGAUCGACACUUCUUUUUUUUUUGUUGCCAAAUAUGUUGAUUGCAACCAGGCAAAAUUAAUGUACAACACAUCUAAGAUUAUUGUGACAAGUUAAAAAAAUAAAUAAAACAAGGUGGUAAAAUCCACACAGAACAAAUGUU